AUGGCAGCAACCAGUACAGCGAACGAUCCCAGUAACGAAAAGGUCCAGAACCAGACAACAUCACGUUUCAUGAAAUGGCUUCGAGCCGCAUGCUCUGAAUACCGCCUUCUAUUCACAAUUGUCUUUGCACUUAACUUAGUUGGUGUCAUCGAAUUUCUUUUCAAUUGGGUUCGGAAAGGAUAUCCAAACAACAAAACAUGUGCCCUAGCGGUAUCCAUCAACCUGGCCAUCUCAAUCGUAAUCCGUGAGGAGCACAUCGUCAACUUGCUGUACGUCAUUUGCACAGCCGUGCCUUCCACUGCUCCAUUAUGGUUCCGUCGCCGGGUAGGGAAGAUCUAUCAUCUGGGAGGUCUUCAUAGUGGAUGUGGUGUAGCAGCGACUUUUUGGUUUAUUCUUCUAUGUGUCGAAAGCACCAUCAGCUUUUGCUCUACAAAAUCCAAGACCGCUGAACACUGGAUCCUCAUUAUCAUCGUCUACAUUUUGGAUUGUCUACUUGUGUCCAUGAUCGUCAUGGCUCAUCCAUCGAUCCGUGCUAAGCUUCAUAACGCCUUCGAGAUUGUUCACCGACUAGCUGGCUGGUCAAGUUUGGCUCUUCUAUGGACUCUCACGGUUCUUAAUACCGAUCUAAAUCGACGCUCCAGCCAGAAAUUAUCUUCCGCUUUAUUCGGCAGUCCCAAUAUCUGGCUUCUCUUCAUCGCUACAUUCAGCAUUAUUAUCACCUGGUUAAACUGCCGGAAAGUCAAGGUUGAAUCAGAACAACUUUCAAAACAUGCAUUACGCAUCAAGUUCGAUUACGCCACUCCUGGACCAGGAACAACCAUCCGUCUAUCUUCCAGGCCUCUGUUUGAAUGGCACGCCUUCGCCACCUGGUCUCAACCCGGCCAAAAGGGGUUCUCUCUCAUCAUUUCCAAUGCCGGCGAUUGGACAAAGGCCCUCAUCAACAGCCCACCCCGAGAAAUUUGGGCCAGACGAACACCAACGUGCGGAGUCCUCCGGAUAGCGCCGAUGUUCAAGAGUGUCCUGCUCGUCGCCACAGGAUCAGGAAUUGCCCCUUGUUUACCGGUCAUCAUGUCAAACAGUACCCGCAUCAAUCUUUUCUGGUCAACGCGAGAUCCUCUGACAACGUAUGGAACUGAGAUCGGGAACAUUAUAACGGCGCUGGGGAAGCGUGCUCAUAUUCACAAUACGUCGACGAUGGGAAGACCAUCAACAUUGCCGACAGUACUGCAGCUCUACAAGGAAACUGAGUCCGAGGCCGUGAUAGUCAUUUCCAACCCGAAGCUGACGACAAAACUUGUGGAGGAUCUGGAGUAUAUGGGUAUCCCAGCAUUCGGUCCAAUUUGGGACUCGUGA